CGGCAUUCCGGCAAAAGAACACAGUUUUAAGCGUGGGGUAGGUGGGCAAAACUACGAUUAGAGAAGCAUAUCGGCGAAAGCUUGUUAAAAAAACGCCGAUGCCGGGGAAGUCCCGAAAGACAUUACACCGACGACUUGCGGUGGCUGCACCAACGAGAUCGUCGACGGUUAAAUUACUAAGGUAUCCUCGUGUAACAUGUGUAAUGCUUGCCGCCGCAUAUGCAGAAAAGAUGGAUUGUGGGUCUGCGGGAAUAACAGUGCAAAACUGCAGACGUACAGAUGUGUCAACACCUUGUGGGAAAAGUUCUAUCUAACCAGAUAAAAUUAUUAUACAGAAAACAUGAGAAUAUAAAAUGUAAGGUAUAUAGAUGUGCAACGUAAUAAAAGGAUAUGAAAGGAAGAAGGAACCGAAGUGUAUGAAA